AUGUUGACCCUUCAUGUUGUCACACUAGAGUUGGUGCUGCUGUACUCUGAUGUGGUGGCCUCCCCCGCUCUGGACUCCUUCACUGAGAUAACAGCGGUCAUGGCUGUCCCGUUUUACCAAAAAGGCAUCCUGCAGGUGUUUGGAAGAAGACGCAGUCUGAAGGUUAUUAUCAGAGGAUGCAUGGAGCUGAGCACCAGUGAGGGACAACUGGGCAUCAGUAUAGACGCCAACACAGUCCGACUGCCUCCAACCACACUGCAGGACUUUGACCUCCCCCUGUUAGUGCUGAGGAGGUUCUGCAGUGAUCCUGACUCCGUCCUCAACCCCACCUCCACAGGGGGAGCCAUCUGGUGUCACGUCCUGCCCAGUAUGAAGAAAGGUCAGAUCAUCACCAUCAGCCGCCAGUUGCCCAAAGACGGACCUUUCAGGACCUACAGCGACCUGCAGAGUCACUGGAACCACCUGUACGGUUACAGACUCCCUGAGCUCGCAGACGAAGAGAUGGUGUACUGCAGCAUCUACUUCAGACUGGUGGGAGAGAGACUCUUCACCUACCCUCUGAGCUGUAUCCGCCUUCAGCCUGUGCAGCCCUGCCCUCGCGUCAGCCUGCAGGGGGCGCUGGGCUCCUUCCUGUCUGACGUCAGCGAACGGCUGCAGAGUGUGUGUGGCUUUCCUGCACGACUGACCAACAAACCGUGUUAUCGCACUGUCGGACUGUGCACAGCUGCCACAGUAAAGGUGUUGAAUGGUGAGCAGGUGAAUCUCACCUCCUCCUGCUCCAUCAGGCCUGUCCUCACUCAGCUCCCUCCUCCUCCUCCUCUUCCCCCCCGGCCUCUGAAGCGCUCAUUCAGUUCUCAACCUCCAGGCCGAGUGCCUCUCACCCAGCAGGACGGAGUGCAGAGGAUUCUGGGUAAUGGAUGUGGAUUCAGGGAGACUGGCAGACUGACACAAAGUCAAGGGUAUCAAGAAGAUCAACAUUGGCCCUCCUCCUCCUCAUGUGGUGUUUCCUCCUCUUCUGACUCCUCGAGACAUCAGUCAGCUCCUUCACUCUCCUCCUCUGCCUCUUUUUUCUCAGUUUUCCAGCCAGCCUCCUCCCUCACCUCCUCCUCCUUCACCUCGUCCCCCUCUUUGUUCCCCCCUCUUCCUCCCCCGACUCAAACCCCAGUGCUUCCUCCUCCCAAACUGGUUCCCAUCUUCAAGAACAAGUGUCCAUCGCGUCGUAUCAACGUGGCCCUCCUGAGAGCGCAGAAACAGGGACAGCAGCUGAUUGGAGGAGGGGAGGAAAGAGGGCGGGUGACCUUACCUGCUUUUGGGAAGAAGACCCCAACCACGUUUUGUACUUCUUCUUCUUCUUCUUCUUCUUCUUCUGUUUUCUCUUUGUCAGCUUCAUCUUGCCCACCUACCAUUCCUAGCUUCAAACCUCGCCCUAAACCCAAGAGCAGCGCCUUCCCUCUUCCAGCAGGUUACCCCAAACUCAAACGCCUCCCCAGCCUCAGCCCGGCCUCCAGGUCUAAACCUGCGCUCAUCCUCAGUCCAAAUCCAGAAAUCCAGUACGAAGCCAAGUCCAGCAACAUAACCGAAAAGAUGGCAAGUUUAGAAAGCAACACUGCAGCUAUGUCAAGAGGAAAGGUGCAAGAACAAGCAUCAAAACAACCUUCAGCUGCUCCACCUGAGCCUCCUCGACUGCUGACAGCUGCAGAAAUCUCAAACAGCAGCACAACA